CUCAUAAUAAACAAGAUGUCACACAUAUAUAGCAUUUAAAACACACAAAUGACAUAAUAACCUUCUUUAGAUGAUCACUCUUGUCAGCAUGUAUGCUAGUGAGAUAUAGACCUUGUAACACACCUUCGUGUUUUAAUCGAUCCUGGUGAUAAUUUAACUAAUGCAAUUUGAAAAACAGUUGGCAUAAACCGUAAUCCCGAAUGAUAAUUUAUGUUCAUAUUCCAGUACAGCAGGUGGCGAUAAAGACGUUCAUGCUGAUGUGUUCUUCUUCGAGAACAAGACUUUCAAAAAUGGGGGCUAUGGCAAGUAACGCUUUUAUAUCGUUCUUGAUUUUUAUUUUUAAUUUGACAACAAUAAAUCCGUAAAUCAUUGGCUAGUGUAUGUUUCUUCAGCUAUAGAUGUGUGAGACAAGCAAGUAACUUUAAAAUACGUUCAGUGAUAUCUAUUUUUUUAAUAUUCAUCCAACCAACUAGCACAAAAAAAUCAUUAUUUUGCCUCCUAUCCGAAUAAUUGUAGACGUUUUGCAUCCAUGGCAGGUCGCUUACUGGGUCGCAGGUUUUAGUUUGGUGAAUUAAAGAAUCCAAGGAAGUAAAUCGCGUGAAAGUGAAAGUAGCAGGAAUGGAGGAUCACCAGGGUGCUGCGAGUGUGAGCAGCAGCUCUGGGGCUGAUCUUCUCUCCAGGAUCGCUCUCAAUGAUAACAAGGCUGGCAUGGAGGGGCUGGACAGAGACAAGAUCAACAAAAUCAUUCUGGAAACCUCCAAGGGAUCUAAAUUUUAUGAGAAUGAACUUAAGAGGGAGCGGCAGGUGAAUCAGCGCAUUGAAAAGAUGAUGGAGCAAAAGGCAAGAAUCACUAAAGAACAGAUGAAGCAAGCACAAGCAGAGGUAGACAAACUAACAAGUGAACUGGAGAGGGGUCGAGAGCUUGGACGUGUGAUAGUUCACGUAGACAUGGACGCGUUCUAUGCUGCUGUAGAAAUGAGAGACUGCCCGGAGCUGAAGGACAAACCGAUGGCAGUGGGAUCCAUGAGCAUGCUGUCAACCUCCAAUUACCACGCCAGGAGGUUUGGUGUCCGUGCUGCAAUGCCAGGGUUCAUUGCGAAGAAACUCUGUCCAAACCUAAUUAUCAUGCCCACCAACUUUGACAAAUACAGAGCAGUGAGUGCCCAGGUACGGGAGAUAUUUUCAGAAUAUGACCCUCAUUUUAUGCCUAUGAGUCUGGACGAGGCUUAUCUGGACAUCACUGAGCAUCUGGAGCAGCGGAAGCACUGGCCCGAGACCAUGCGAACACAUCACAUGUGUGAUGCCAAGACAGAAAGUGAUGCAGGAAGGUUUGCGGGUACUUCGGAGACAGAUGGACUGUCUCCUGUGCUGUUUGAGGACAGUCCCUGCUCCUCACCCUCUCUGUCAGGAGCUGAAGGGAAAGCAGAGGUGUUUGGGACAACUGCAGAGGAGGCUGUGAGGGAGAUGCGCUUCCGUAUUGAGCAGAAAACCUCCCUUACUGCCAGUGCAGGUAUUGCUCCAAACACGAUGCUUGCAAAAGUAUGCAGUGACAAGAACAAGCCCAAUGGCCAAUACCGAAUUUCUCCUGAGAGACAAGUUGUGAUGGAGUUUAUGAAGGAUCUUCCAGUCAGAAAGGUGUCUGGUGUUGGAAAGGUUACUGAGAAGAUGCUGGCUGCUUUGGGUAUUGUCAGCUGUGCUCAACUUGGCCAGCAGAUGGCGUUACUUUCCCUGCUUUUUUCAGAAACCUCUUGGCAUCAUUUCCUUCACAUAUCUUUGGGUUUGGGCUCCACUCAUAUUGAGAGGGACUCAGAAAGAAAAAGCAUGAGCACUGAGAGGACAUUUGGGGAGAUGAGUGAUGCAGAAGAGCAAUAUUCCCUGUGCAGGGAGCUCUGUCAUGACCUAGCACAGGACCUACAGCGGGAGGGCCUCAAGGGGAAAACUGUUACUUUAAAAUUAAAGAAUGUCAAAUUUGAAGUCAAGACCAGAGCGUUUACACUGCAGUAUGCUGUCUGCACUGAGGAGGACAUAUUUGCUGCUGCCAAAGACCUUCUCAAAGUUGAGAUUGACAGUGUCAGCCCUCAGCCACUAAAGCUGAGGCUCAUGGGCGUUCGAGUGUCUGGCUUUAUCAGCGUUGAAGAUAAAAAGCCUCUUCAGAGGAGUAUAAUGGGGUUCCUGCAGAAAGGUGGAUCUGAUCCAGGCAAUUUCACGCAGUGUCCUGGAUCUGCGCUCAAAGCAGAAGAAGGCACUGAUAGUGCCAGUUUCCUAAAGCCGCAGUCCACUGAGAUGAAAGUACCUUCUGUGUCUGAGCAAAUACCCAAAUCUACAGAACCUAAGCAGCAGUCCUUUUUUCAAAGAGCACAGUCAAAACGACUUCAGCAGCAGCAGGAACAGAUGUCUGUCAUCGCUGGUACAGACACAACAAACAGUAGUGCUGACGCAGCUGCUUCAAAUCUGCCAACAACAAACCCUCAAUCAGACACAACAUCAACAAGCAAAACAAGUUUGUCAAAUACAAACUCAGGGACAGAUGCAACAGAAUACAUAAACAAACAUGCAACUUUAAAGCCAUCGUUUAAAAUCUCAACCCAGGUGCUGCAGUUUCUCACCUGCCCCGUGUGCAACAGAGAGAUGAAGGAUGUAAACCUCACAGCCUUCAACCACCAUAUUGAUGAAUGUCUGAAGGGGAGUGCAGUGGAUAAUGAACACACAGAUUCGGAUGCUGCUGAGCAAAAGGAAGAGCUAAACAGUGAUCCACCUGCAUCAAGCCAUGACCCAAAUGGAGAGAAGCCGUCCACUAGCAUCUCUUUGCCAGUGGUGGAAACUGAUGAUGGAAAUGAUUUCACGACUCCAUUUUUUAGUCACAGGACAAAAAUAAAUGGAAAGCGUUCAGUUGUUCCUAACAAGAAGAGGCCUUUUUCUGAAUCUAGUUCUAAAGCCUCACACACAACACACAAUCCUGAGGCUGUCACAGAGUUGUCAUCUGACUUCAAAGGCUCUUCUUUGACGUGUCCCGUGUGCAGUCAGCUGCAGAGCACCGGUGACCUCGCUCUCUUCAACCGGCAUGUGGAUAUGUGUCUCAACCAGGAAGUUCUGCUGGAGUUUAGAGGGUCUCAUCCUCCUGUGGGUCAUUCAGAUGCGCCUGCACUCAAGAGCGUAAGAGGCCUAUUGGGGGACCAGGGAAGAGUUUCUAAAGUGAGAGAAAAGAGCAAAAGGCAAGGAUCAUCUCCUCUUCCUCCCCCAAAGAAAACCAAAGUGUUGGGCACAAAACACACAAUUGACAAGUUCUUCAAAGGCAACACCAGACAAAACGUCUAAUUCUGUUACAAAUCCAAAAUGAUCAUUUCCUUUAAUUUAUGAAGAAAAGACAUGAUAAUCCUUGAGGACUUUGCUGGAUUCACUUCAGGGAAUAUGUUGAAGGAACAAGUAAGAAAUAUGCAAACAGGUAUUUAAUAAGAUGGCAUUUGAAAAGAGAUGGUGCUGGAAACAUCAUAUACUCUGACACAAAGCUGAAGAUCUAUUUGGAUAUUUUUUUGUAUUUAUAGAAAUGUGUAUUUGUGUGGUGGAAAAAUGCUUCAUAUUUAUACUUACGCACUUUCCUCUUUCUAUAUUUAUGUAAAUCAUUGAUGUUAAUUCUACAUUAAUAUAUGAGUGAUGGAUGGCUCAAUUAUUUUUUUAAAUAAUUUUAUUGUUUGCAUAAACGCAAAUGAGCAUUUAAUUUUGUAUGGGCAUGCAAAGCACUUUAUAGACCAUGAUACAUGAUUUACCAUUUAAAUAACAAAUAUAUACAGAAGUAUCAUAAUUGUAUACAUGCAGAAUUGUAAUUGUAAAAGUAUCAUCUAAUUUGCACCUAAAAUUAAUGUUUAAGAAAUUAAAAAUUAUCCUCUUAAUCUCA